UAAAAGCAGCGUUAUGGGGAGCAUUGCUGGUCAAAGGAUCCCAUCUACACUCUCAGGAGGGAUGUCAUCUGUUCCCACCAUAUGAAAUCAGAGCAGCACAAGAAAGAUUUGUGCAAAGAAAUGCAGCGGCUGGCAUCUGAAGGGGAUGAUGGAGUCGAGAAAGGCUUCCAAUUACAAGUGUCACUGUAGCAUGAUGCCAUAAAAAAGGCCAUGGAGACCCUCUACUGGCUGGCAAAGGAGGAAGUGGCCCACACCACUAAAUUCUCCUCAUUCCUGGACUUUGCAAAGGACCACCUUGGUUGUGAGGUUCUAGCCCACCUACAGCAGGGUGGGAAUGCAAGUUACAGGAGUAGGAGGAUCCUGCAAGAGAUGCUACAGGUUUUGGCUCAUCAGAUCCAAUUGGACCAUGAGGCAGAGAUGACAGCAUCGCAGUUCGUGGGGCUUGUGAGAUGAGACAACAGACAUCACCACCACUAAGGAGUUGGUGCUCCUCACAAGGUGUGUCUUUACCUUUUUUUAACAUGGGGAACAGCAAGGGCUCUUACAGAUACAUCUCUGUUCAGGCUGGUUGACUCCAAUGGCCAGGCCAAAAGCACCUUUGCCAAGGUAAUCCCACUGCAAGAUGGCACUGCGGACACAAUUGUUGCAGCUCUGAAGACCUGGCUCCAGGAGAAGAAUAUCUCCAUCUAGAACGCGAUGGGCUUCAGCAGUGAUGGAGCUGCAGUGAUGACUCGUAACGGCGCUAGAAUGGAGUGGUGGUGCUCCUGCAGAAGGAAAACGCUCUCAUGACGGCAAUCUACUGCAUAUGCCACCGACUGGCACUGGCUGUGGGGCAGGCAGGGGAGAGGGUUCCAUUCAUAAAGAACCACUUCAAGCCAAAUCUGGGUGAACUCUUCAGGUUCUUGGCCUAUUCGGCCUGCCGGAUGGCCAGACUCCACCAAAUACAGGAACUUAUGGAUUUGGCCCAGAAUACCCUAAAGGAAGCGAAAGAUACCUGGUGGCUGAGUCAUGACAAGGCAUGCAAGUCACUCUAUAGGAACCUCCCUGCGGUGCACAUGACUCUCAACAAUGAGAACAAGAACAGUGCCACUGCCACUGGUCUCCUCAUCUGGCUGUAUAAAUACAACACCCUGGCCACUCUCUACCUGCUCUGUGAUCUGCUGCCACACCUGUCUUCGCUGAGCAGGUGCUUUCAACAGGAGGAGAUCAACCUCCAGCAGAUUGACAGAAAUGUGAAGGCCAAGAUGGCAGUGGUUCGUUCAAUGAGAGAGGGCAUGCGACCUGGGAGCAGGCUGCCCAAGCUCCAGGAAGACCUGGCUGCUGGUGGACGCUUGGCGGAUUUUCAACUGCCCGGUCAUGACCCAGAGUGGCAGGGGAAAGUGAGGGAGCCAUUUGUCGAUCAGCUCCUUCACAACCUGGAGGAGCGCUUCCAGUCCACCGAGCUCCUGUCCUCAUUCUCCAUCCUUGACCCUAAACAGUUGCCAGAAACUAUGCCAGACCAUUAUGGCAUGGAGGAAGUUCAGUGGCUCACUGAUCAUUUUGGUGCUGGAGAGGGAGUAGUGGCUCCUGAUGCUGCCUGUGAUGAGUGGUUGGGUCUGCAGGAGUAUCUGAACCAGAACCACUACUUGUCACAGGAGUAGCUGGUCACUCUCCUCCUCAGUGAUGGCACUAUGAGGGAGCUGUACUCAAGCCUGUGCACAUUGGCUGCAGUGCUGAGUGUCAUUCCAGUUAGCACAGCUGACUGUGAGCAUGCCUUCAGUGCACUAAAGAGGGUUAAAACCAGGCUGCGCAGCAGCAUGACCACAGCCACACUUAACGCUCUGCUGACCAUAACAAGGCUGCCAGCUUAGAAACAGACACAUCAUUGUCUAAUAUGUGAUUGCUCUGUUCUCUGUGUGUGUGUGUAUGUGUGUGUGUGUGUGUGUGUGCACGCACACGCGUGUUUUCGUGUUCUAACAACU